AUGAAAGCACUGGUAGGCCAAAUCAACAAGAGCCUGAACCAGAUGAGGAAAGAAAAGGCAAUAUCAGAAAAGGAUUGGAGACAAAUGAAACCCCAAGAUGCUGCCCUAGCGCGCUUUUAUGGUUUGCCGAAAAUCCACAAACCAAAUGUCCCCCUACGGCCCAUUGUGGCGCUGAAAGGCACGCCUACAUACGGACUGGCUAAAUGGCUUGCCAAGCAUUUGAAGAAGCUGACGGACGGCUCGGAACACACAGCUGUAUCGUCAACACACUUCCUGGAAAGACUAAAAGACGUCACAAUAGCCCCCGACGAAAUAAUGGUAUCUUUUGACGUCGUCUCUCUAUUCACCUCUAUCCCUAAAGAAUUGGCCAUGAGAGCUGUCGAUGACCUACUGAAGAAAAGGUACGACGAAGAAGAAAAACCUUUUAAGAGGAGGCACGCGAUGGAACUACUGGACUACUGUUUACACACGUACUUCACGUUUAACUGCCAAAUUUACGAGCAAAUCCAAGGAGUCCCAAUGGGGUCCCCAAUCUCCGGCUACCUGGCUGAGGCGGUCUUGCAGGAACUGGAAACUCGGGUCUUCCAGACAUACAAGCCGAAAUUCUGGAUGCGCUACGUAGACGACACUUUUGUCAUCUUACACCGAGACGCGAAAGACAACUUUAAAAGAGAAUUGGACUCAGUUUUUCCACAAAUCCAAUUUACCAUGGAGGAAGAAAAUAACGGAGUGCUCCCUUUCCUCGAUGUCCAGGUAUCGAGGCAGGAAGACGGAACCCUCCAGACUGGUGUCUUUCGAAAGGCGACAGACACGGCGAAAAUUCUUCAUUACAACACCAAUCACCCCCUGUCGCAUAAGCGCAGUUGUGUCCGGACCCUUUUUUGCCGCAUCCACACACACUGCAGCACAGAAGCCGAAAAGCUGCGGGAGCGUAAUACCCUAUGGCGCCUCUUCCUUGCCAAUGGAUAUCCACGCAGUUUUGUGAACAAAUGCUUGUACCGAAGGCACACGAAGACGGACGGUGAGAAGAAACAAAGACCAGAAAUCUUCCGUGUCUUGCCCUACGUGAGUAACGUCUCCGAAGCCACUGAGCGCAUACUAAGGCCGCUAGGCGUGGGCGUUGGUCACCGACCGGAGGCCACCAUUCGCCGCUUAAUCAUGCAGCCCACGGACCGGCUACCACCUGCAGACACGUCAGGCGUUAUUUACCGCGUCAAAUGUCUGGACUGUCCAGCCAACUACUGUGGCAUGACCGACAAACGCCUAAGAACGCGCAUGCAUGAGCACACUUUAGCCGUAAGGCGAAAGGACGUACUAUCGCAUGUCGCCAUGCACUGCCUGGAAAACAAUCACAAGUUCGACUUUGACGGCGCCCAGGUGCUCGGCCGAGCCGAAAGCAAACUGGCGAGGGAAGUGAUUGAGGCCUGGAAAUCAGACACGAACUCUAUCAACCGAAGUAUCGAUUUGCCAGCGCCAUACGAGGCCGUCAGGCACCAUCUACGCGCGAGAGGGGGGCAACGAGAAGCGAACGGGACGAACCUAUCGGGUGAGAGUGCAGAUGGCCUAUUUAAACCCUGUAUUUCUCGCUCAGCCUAUCUCCGAAGGUGUGCUCGAGUAUGA